AAAAACAGCACUAUUAAAUUUCAAUAAAACUAAACAACUUUGUAAUAUACACUAUGGAAAUUGAAAGAGGCUCAUUCACUCCAAUUGAAAAAUUACCACUAUAUUUUAAAGGCUCAGUAAUAACAGGUUUUGGCAGAGGAAGUAAACAAUUAGGAAUUCCAACAGCAAAUUUACCAGUUGAAGAGUUAGAAGAGGAAUUAAAAGAUAUACCUAUAGGAGUUUAUUAUGGAUGGGCAAAUGUUGAAGGAUUAGAAAAUGAUAAUGUAUAUCCUAUGGCAAUGAGUAUUGGAUGGAACCCUUUUUAUAAAAAUACUAAAAAGACAAUCGAAAUUCAUUUAAUUCAUCAUUUUGAAAGAGAUUUUUACGGCGCAGAGCUUAGAGCAAUUGGCUUAGGUUUUAUUAGACCAAUGUGUGAUUUCAAAACAUUAGAAGAAUUGGUUAAAGCAAUUAAUGACGAUAUAGAAUACGGAAAAAAAUGUUUAGAAAAACCAGAGUUCAAAAAAAUAAAGCAAGAUCCUUUUUUUAUUAAUAAACAAUGAAGAUAAACAUUAAAUAAAAUAUAUAAUAUUUAAUAUAUGUAUAUAAAUAUAUAUAAUAUUUAAAUAAAUAAUACGUAUAUU